CACAUGUUUGGUCACAGUCAGGUGUAAAAGCCUCGGGGACAGUCAUGAAGGACCCACAGCUCCCAGGUAAAACCAUCCCAUUUACAUUUACAGGCAGCAAACCAAGGCUGUGGCCAAAGCAGAAACUAAGCAGAAAAACUGAAGACAACUCACCAAAUGUGGAAAAAUCAGUGUCAGCCCUCACUUCUGCUGCCGUCCCUCAGCUGACCGAAGCAGAAAGAAUGAAGCAGACCCCAUUUGAAAGAAUAGUCUAUGACAUGGCCCACAACGAGAAGACAAAAAACGACCUGAUGCUGGGCCGAAGGAUUUGCUUUUAUGAGCUGCGUGGAGAAAUCGGCCGUGGUAACUUCUCAACAGUAAAACUGGGGAUCCAUUCCUUGACAAAAGAGAGAGUCGCUGUCAAAGUCGUGGACAAGCUGCGUCAGGAUAGGAAGAAUCCGCCUUUUGCCUCCUCAGAGAUCAGCUGCAUGGAGAAGUUGAGCCACCCCAACAUAGUGCGCCUUUACGAGGUGAUCGAGACCAGCAGAAGGCUGCAUCUGAUUAUGGAGUAUGGAAGCGGUGGAGACCUGUUCUCUCGAAUCACUACUAGAGGGAAGCUGAACGACCUGGAGGCCAAGCUGGUUUUUGCGCAAAUCAUCUCUGCUGUUAAACACAUGCACGACUGUAACAUUGUCCACAGAGACCUUAAAGCGGAGAACAUCUUCUUCACCACGAGUUACUGCAUCAAAGUAGGAGACUUCGGCUUCAGCACCAGUUGUGGCCCAAAUGAGCUUCUCACAAGUUUUUGUGGCUCUCCACCUUACGCUGCUCCUGAACUUUUUAAACAGAGCGGUUACCUCGGACAGUACUCAGACAUCUGGGCUUUAGGAAUUCUUUUGUACUUUAUGGUGACGGCGACUUUACCCUUCUUCGGAGAAAACCUGGGGAGGCUGAAGCGCUGCAUCUUGCAGGGGGCUUACAGCAUCCCUGCUUAUGUGCCUGACCCGUGUCAGCUCGUCAUUAAGGGAAUGCUACGGAUUGUGCCUGUUGACCGCACCUUGAUCUCUCAGAUUACAAACAGUGCUUGGCUGAAGGGGAUUGAGUACCCUCAACCAUAUGUCUGUUUACCUUCAUCUCCAGUCCACUUUGCUCAGAUCAACCAGUCUCUCAGUGUAGAAGAACAAGAAGUGAAGAACUGCAUGUCUGCUUUAGGCAUUUCAAAAUCCCAUUUACAGAAUAAUCUCAGUUUAGACUGUAGAAGCCCAUUGACAGGGACCUACAGGAUCCUCCUCCAUCGGGCCCAGAAGAGGAGGUUAGUGGAGGCUGUAGGAUAUUCAUCACUUCACCCUGAGGACUACGAGAGCCUGAACAAGUGGUCCGAAGCAUCUGUUGGCAAACACGUACCCACCACUGUCUGUGUCAUAUUGUAACAGAAAUGAAUUGUAAAGGACUUCUUAUUAUUAGUCACUUAGGACUCUUUUAUAUAUCAGUAUGUCACGCGUAGAUCAAAAUGUCCCACACGUGAAGGAUGAGGUCUCUUAAGUAAUAACUUGCUGUUCUGAUUACAGCAAGCUUACUGACACAGAACAUCAUCUCUGAACGGCCAUCAGCAUCUUCCAAUCCCUCUUAGUUAAAACCUAAACCCCUCUGAGGUAAUCCAGGACCACAGGUAAUCCUAAUCAGGGACACAAUGAGAACAUGAGAGAAAAGUACUUGCAAAUAAAUCAAAUCAAGGAUUAAUAAAAUGUAAAACGAGCCAUUUUGAAAGCAUUAUUUUGAAUUUAAAAUACAAGAGCUG